GAAUCGGAGGCAGAGCGAGCGAGUUCAGAAGUUCGGUACAAAGCCGAUACACAGAUCGCUGACCACAAGACACAGUACGAGCUCAAGAAGUUCGAGUACCUCGAAGAAGUGAACAGUAAAAAGGCCGACGCAGAGUUAGCGUAUCAGCUGAGGGAGGCGCAACUCAAACAGAACAUCCGCAAGGAAGAGAUACAGAUUGAAGGU